AGCUGCUGUUGUGACCACACGUUUUUUUCUUGUGAACACCAGAUCUAUCUGCUGACUCUGCAAAGCCCACUCCUCUUUUGGAGAACGACGAAAAUGAAAGUUCACGCGCUCCCACGUCACGUGCUCCAUACUCUGCUAAAGAUCGUCGCUGAAAACAGCAUUUCGCGAAUUGUUGUGACCGUUGCGUGACAUCAGGCACUAAAUUCCUCCGCCAAGAAUAUCCACGACGACCUGCACAGGAGCUCCUGCAAGAAUUCUGAAGAUGUUCAGCAACUGGGACGGGCAAUGGGUCGCCUUCGUGUCCGACGAUGACAGUCGGUGGGGCCCCGGUCGGAUGUUCUCGGACGGCGCCGAGCGGCUGGCCUACCACGGGGCUUUGUCGAAAUUGCUCGAGAACCAGAUGCCGCAACCGCGCAUGAUUUCGGAACAGGAAACUUACGCGUUCCAGCGCACCCUGGACGCCAGCCUGGACGAGUGGCUGCGCCGGUCGAUUACGACCGACGGACGGUCGGAUUAUGGAUUGCAAAAAUGUCUGGGUCUGGAAGAUUGCCACGUUUGUCAUGCAUAUUUUGCAUGACUCCUGAUGUCUGUGAUGCAUGCCCUAGCAUCACAGAUUUUGCGAGGGCUUCCUGAUGCCUAUACCGCAUGGCAAAUGCUCUUUCCGUGUAGCAAAGCUUGGGCUCUCUUUGCUGCUCAUGCAAUACAGAUUUCUUUAGAAUCCAAAAUCAGCAUGACAAGUUGGAUUCUUCCAGACCCAGACAUUUUUACAUUUGAUACGGAUAUGGGUAGCACCACCGGGUCCGAGCGGACCACUGGGUCGGAAAAGGGCCGGCGGGCGGACCGCGCGAUCGAACAGGAGCAGAUCGCCGACGAAAAGCGACGGGGCGUGCGGAUCGACUUUGUGGAACAGGCCUGGAAGCGACACCUGGAGAAAAUGAACAUCGCAAAGUUGUUGAAGAAGGACGCAAAGGAUUUAAACGCACUGAUGCACGACAAGGUGUGGUACGGAAUGAAGGCAAGCGACGGUCGUGGGAACAAGCUCCGUGGAGUUGUUCCGUCCGGGGACGACGCCGUGACCGGGCCGGAUACAGCAACAUCCGCAAAACCAGGCCAUGACCAGCACAUCAAGGAAGGUUUGAACGCGGUCGCCAACGAUCAGGGCGGAGAGAAUCAGACCUCCGCCGCCAACCGCGAGGACGGAGCCCCCGCAGCACACCAUCGGGCGAACGUACACAUUGUGACGAACGACGCAGCCCUGACGCAGCAGCGCGCGAGCGACCGGCGACAGGCCAAGAAGGAGGAGAAACAGCGGGCGGCGCGGCAGGAGGCCAAAAACCGAGCGCUAUUGUCGGAGAAGAAGGCGCAGCGGUCCGCGCACAAGGCGUACAUGGAGGAGAAGAAGCACGCUGACAAGCGGGACGAGGUGGUGAACCCGAUCGCAGACAUCGCAGAGUACGAACGGGAGAUUCUGAAGCGGAACGUGCAGUACUGGCAAAAGGCGUUCGAAUACCGGCAGAAAUACCCCAAGGUGUUCGACCGAAUGCGAAAGAACCUGAGGCAGUACUUCAUCGACAAGGCGCGGAACGUGGUGUUCGCGAAGAAAAAGGAAAAACCGCAGGACAACACGGAAUUCAGCAAUUUGAUCCUGUCCCGCGCGAAAGAGGCCCUGUCCGGCGGCCCGCAGCCGGAGGGCGGGAAGAAGCACAAGCCGAAACUGAGCAUGCGGGCGGCGGGCAUGAUUAUUCAAGACCAGAUGGCGGACAAGCGUACCGCCGAGGAGCGGAAGCGGGACAAGGAGCACGAGAUGCUGCUGAUGAUGCGAAUGCAAGAGCUGCAGAUCACCUGCGAGACCCACCACGUGCCUUUUCUGCAGGACGAGUCGGGGCCGCGCCGGACGCCGCCGGGGUACCCGGGGGCGAAGACGCACUUCCCGGGUGUGGACGCGGGGACGAACAUCUUCGGGGAGAGGUGGCGGGAUAACCUAAUGUCGGCUAUGAUGCCCGACGACGUGCUGGAGCGGAAAACCGCAGACGAGCUGACGCUGAAUAUGCUUUGCAAGUAUGUCUGGGUCUGAACGGAUGCAACUUGUCAUGCUAAAUCUGAAUCAUGCAAAACUCUGUGUUGCGUGAUUACCUAAACCUAAAGGCGUCCACUUUUCUUCACCAAGUUGGGAGGGAGUUUCUCAUGCAGGAUAGGCAUGAUAGAGAUCGCACAGAGUCUAUCAUGAUAGGUCCUGCAUUCCAGACCUCAUGGGUCAUGGAAAAACUCCGUGACAAGUCGCGCACCCUUCCAGAGGACCGAGACAUGUCUGCAUUUGAUAUUGAAAGAAAUAAACCAGAAAUUGCGAAUCCAACACCACCAGCUGAAAGAGCUGCGAUUGCCGCUGAUCCGAAAUAUUAUGAGCGGCGUGUUGCCCGAAUCUUUCCAGGAUGACGCGGAGUACACAGCCUGGCGUCCCAAUGACGAAGUGGAGUACACUCCGGACUUCCCGUAUGCAAGAAAAAAACUGUGUAAGUGUAAAUCUGUCAUGCAAAUAAACAUGCAACAGUGUUUUGUUACACCUGUCAUGCCAGACAAACAUGAAGUCCUCUCUUCAUGUGUGUUUUCCCUUACAAGCCACGCAUCACAGGUUUUCUCUGUCAUGUAGAGCAAAUCUGUGAUGCUGUCGGCCAAAGAGAAUUACACUAGCACAGUUUUUUUGUUGGAUAUCUCGUCGUCCAUUACUCGGCUAACACUGGCACCGCUGCGGCGUGCCUUCGAUAUUGGCUUAAGCACCACGGCGCGCAGAGACGCGUGA